GGGGAGAGCAAUGGAGGCCGCGGCCGCCUGAGAGGCGGGUGCGCUGCUGGUGCUGCUGCCGCGGCGGCUGCUGCUGUGGAGGCUGUCGCGCGCGGUGCAGCCGAGUCCGCCGCCCGACCAGGACCGCCGGUCGUCUGCCAGCGGCUCUGUCAGCCGGAGCGCCAGGCGGGGACCUCAGCUUACAAGAGCAGUGAUUCCCAGGCUUCCUCAGCAAUGUACCCCGUUUCCUGACAUUUACAGCUGAAGGCGAAUUUUCCUUUUUGCAAGGAGAAAAUUUUGGUGGAGGAUUAUCCAACAAGAAAAGGACUUGUGGCUAUUAAGAUAGUGAUGUUUAACAAAAUCAUGGCCAUGGAGGAAAUUAAACUUACAAAGAAGGUCCAUAAUGAGGCUGUGAGUGCUGAUGUUUCAGGCAAGAAGAAAAAAUUUCAGCCUUUUAAGAAGUUGUUUGGCAAAAGGAAAAAGAAAGACACUUCAUUGUUCCGGGCGCAGUCAGUGGGGAAGAAGAGUUAUUCUCACCAGAGUGUCAGCAAUGGGACCUUCUCUUCGGAUGAGGAGACCCUGGAAGAUGAUCUAAGGUCCUUCAACUAUUCUAUGGGAUCCCGGGCAUUUUCCCAUGACAGUAUUUUUAUCCCUGAUGGGGGAGCAGAAAGUGAGCAGACAGUUCAAGCAAUGUCACAGGACAACAUCCUGGGCAAAGUCAAAACUCUUCAGCAACAGUUGGGCAAGAAUAUCAAGUUUGGGCAGCGGCCACCCAAUGCCAUUCCCAUGAAGAAGGCAAACAGUGGAGAGGCUGGCUUAGAAGAGGAUCUGUUCCUGACCAGUCCCAUGGAAAUUGUGACUCAGCAGGACAUCACCCUCUCAGACGCUGAGAACAAGUCCAGUGAUACGCCAAGUUCUCUAAGUCCUCUGAAUCUCCCUGGAGCUGGAAGUGAGAUGGAAGAGAAGGCUGCUCCUGUUAAACCGUCUCGGCCAAAGAGGCACUUCUCUUCUGCUGGCACCAUCGAAAGUGUCAACUUAGAUGCCAUCCCCCUGGCCAUCGCUCGCCUGGACAACAGCGCCGCCAAGCACAAGCUGGCUGUGAAGCCAAAAAACCAGAGGGUGUCAAAGAAGCACAGGCGCCUUGCCCAGGAUCCACAGCAUGAGCAAGGGGGCCUUGAGAGUCGGGCCCCCCUGGACCAGAACGGACACCCAGGCGAGGACAAGCCAACGUGGCACGAAGAGGAACCCAAUCCGCAAGAUUCCGAGGAAGAGAGACGACGCCAAGAAGACUACUGGCGAGAACUGGAGGCCAAGUGCAAGCGGCAAAAGGCGGAAGCCGCCGAGAAGAGACGCCUGGAGGAGCAGAGGCUGCAGGCGCUGGAGAGGAGGCUUUGGGAAGAGAACAAGAGGCAGGAGCUCUUGGAGGAGGAGGGCGAGGGGCAGGAGCCGCCGCUAGAGGCGGAAAGGGCGCCGCGGGAAGAGCAGCGGCGGAGCCUGGAAGCGCCUAGUUGGGAGGACGCCGAGCGGAGGGAGCGGGAGGAGCGUGAGCGCCUGGAGGCCGAGGAGGAGCGGCGGCUGGAGGAGGACGCCAGGCUGGAGGAGCGGAGGCGGCAGGAGGAGGAGGAAGGAAGGCACGCGGAGGAGCUCAGAAGGCAAGAAGAGGAGGAGGCCGAGCGAAGGGAAGAGCUGGAACAGCAGGAGGAGGUGCAGGGGCCGCCCGAGGCGGCGGAGGAGUUUGGGGAGGCCUGGCAGGGCCCGGAAGAGGAGGAUCUGAAGGAAGAGGAGGAAGGGGAGGAAGAGCAGGGCCAGGCGCACCUGGAGGCCGAAAGGGACCAGCUCAGCGCACUUCUGAGCGACUUUGAGGAGAGCCCAGAAGAACAGGAACACCCAAAACCCGAAGGACAAAGAGAGCACUCCGAGGACCCAAGCAUCUGCGAGGAGCAGAACCCAGAGGCCCAGAGGGCAAGAGAGCAGCAGGGAGGGAGCGGGGAUGUCCAGGGGCCUGAUCAUCCUGGGCCCGAGGAAGAGACAGAAGGGGACACGGAGCCUCCUCCGAAACCAGAGGGGACCGUGGAAGCUGCGCAGCCUCGGGUGGAGAGGAAAGAAGCCGCCGUUCCUGCACAAGGCCGCAAGGUGGAGGAGCUGCGGUGGCAGGAGGUGGACGAGAGGCAGAGUAUGCCCCGGCCCUACACGUUCCAGGUGUCCUCCGGGGGGAAGCAGAUUCUCUUCCCCAAAGUCAACCUGAGCCCUGUGACGCCCGCAAAGGACACGGGGCCCACAGCUGCCCCCCAGGAACCAAAGGCCCCCAAAGCCAGCCCGGCUGCACACGUCCUGCCCUCGUCCCUGAGUGUCCCCCACACAGCCAUUCUGGUCACUGGCGCGCAGCUCUGCGGCCCGGCCGUCAACCUGAGCCAGAUCAAGGACACCGCCUGUAAGUCGCUCCUGGGCUUGUCGGAGGAGAAGAGGCACGCGGACACCCCCGCUGCGGAGAACCCUCCCCGAGGCCCCGGCGACGCUCGGACUGGCAGCGGGAAGGCCAAGCCCCCGCAGGAGCCUCCCAGCAGCGCGGCUGCGCUCGCAGAAUGGGCUUCCAUUCGGUCCAGAAUCCUGAAGAACGCAGAGAAUGACCCGCGCAGCAGCGAGAGGGAGCCAUCGAUGCCCGGAGAGGAGCCCACUCCCAGGGGCCGGUGUGAUUCCCGCGGGAACCUCCGGAAGACCCCGCCAGUCAAUGCAAAGUUCUCUAUUAAGCCUGCCUGGCAGAAAUUCUCCGAUGGUGGCACGGAGACCUCCAGACAGAACACGGAAGCGGAAGGCAUUCGAAAAAAAACCCUGCUGGGACCCGGCGAAGAGACAGCCCCCCAGUCUCCUCCUGCUGGUGUUCGCGAGUUCGGGAAGGGUCCGGAGAAGUCGGAGUUGCACCAGGAGCCCGCAGACACCACCGAGGGAUGCAAAUUUGCCAAAGACCUCCCGUCUUUCCUUGUCCCAAGCCUUCCUUACCCUCCGCAGAAAGUCGUGGCCCACACAGAGUCCGCGACCUCAUCGGACAGCGAGACCACAAACGUGAUAGCAAAGCCAGACCCUGUGAUGCCAGGUGGGGAGGAAAAAACCUCCCCGUUUGGAAUAAAACUGAGAAGGACCAACUACUCCUUGCGCUUCAACUGCGACCAACAGGCCGAACAGAAGAAAAAGAAGAGGCACAGCAGCACCGGAGACAGCGUGGAUGCAGGGCCGCCCGCAGUGGGGAGCGCGGGUGGAGAGAAAGAGACGGAGGGUGUGUCCAUCAAGCAUGGCCCAUCCCUCCCCCAGGAUCGGAAGCAAGCCCCCUCCAUCCGAAGGGACUCCGCUGAACCUCCCAGCAGACGCUCUCCUCCUGUGGCCCAGCCUGGGCCCCCACCGGCUAGCAGCCAGACCCCGGCUCCAGAGCAUGACAAGGCGACAAACAAAAUGCCAUUGGCACAGAAGCCAGCACUGGCUCCCAAGCCCACCAGUCAGACCCCACCGGCAUCCCCACUUUCCAAACUGAGCAGGCCCUACUUGGUAGAGCUGCUGUCUCGCAGAGCGGGGAGGCCGGACCCAGAGCCAAGUGAGCCGUCCAAGGAGGGCCAGGAGAGCAGUGAUCACCGGCCACCCUCGCCCCCAGGCCACGAGGAAAGGAAGGGACAGAAGAGGGACGAGGAGGAAGAGGUGACAAAGAGGAAACCUCCUUCCCCACCUCUGCCUGCCGCUCAUCAAGUGAAACCUUCCCAAACGCCCGAGGCCGGGAGGAAAGAAAAGCCGAUGCUUCAGAGCAGGCACUCUUUAGAUGGCUCCAAACUUACAGAGAAAGUGGAAACUGCGCAGCCGCUGUGGAUAACGUUAGCACUGCAAAAGCAAAAGGGGUUUCGGGAGCAGCAGGCAACGCGGGAGGAGAGGAAGCAAGCCAGAGAGGUCAAACAGGCGGAAAAGUUCUCCAAAGAAAAUGUCAGUGUCAACCCGCAGCCUGGAAGCAGCAGUGUCAGCAGAGCAGGUUCCCUGCACAAGUCUGCUCCACCGGAAGAGAAGAGGCCCGAGACUGCAGUGUCCAGGCUUGAGCGCAGAGAACAGCUGAAAAAGGCCAACACACUUCCUACGUCUGUGACAGUGGAGAUCUCUGAUUCGGCUCCCCCAGCACCACUGGUGAAAGAAGUCACCAAGAGGUUCUCCACCCCGGAUGCUGCCCCUGUGUCAACAGAACCAGCCUGGCUGGCUUUGGCCAAAAGGAAAGCAAAGGCUUGGAGUGACUGCCCACAGAUCAUUAAGUAAAGAGUGACUCUCACCCAUCCCUACUGCCAGUUAUUGGCUCCUCUCUUGCCCUUUUUUUAAUUUAUUUUUUAUAUGGGAUAAUGAAAUCAAGCUAGGGAAAAGAAGCAUGUUUUAUAGGCUCUAAAAUAAUGUCGAGAAACUGAACUGGUGGUGUUCAUUGUAAAGAGUGGAUUUGCACAACCCUAGGUCCUGGUGCCUUGAGCUCCUCCUAGUUCUCGAGAGAAAAUUCUGUCCACAGGACCACAUGAAGCAAAAUCUCUAAGCUAAGAACUCCUCAUGAGAGCCUGCCAUGCCCAUUCCAUGGCCUUGCACACACACUCACCCACACACCAUUCAGAACAUGUACUUUUGCCAACCUUUUGUAAUGGUUUUUUUGAUUCUACACACUAAUUUUCUUUGUCCAAAACAUUUACUCUACCCUAUGUUUGGGCAUGUUUAUCCUUUCUGCAGUAGUGGUGAAAGGAUCAUAUAUAGCUAAAAGCAAGAAUGCCCAUUCUCCUGAAUGCAGUGAGUAACUGGGAAUCACAAGGAACAUUCUGGCUCCCAACUGUGCCCAUGUUAGUUUUCAUGAGUUUUCCCUACUCUGGAGCUGUAAUACAGAAGGCACAUCCAUUCACAGUGUGAGGCCCCAUUAUUCCCAUACCCUCCUUAAGGACAUGUGAAGCAUUUGGCCCAGUUGGCUCCUAGAGAAGAUUUUAAUUUAAUGUAGUGAAGAAAGGAAAUUCUAGAUCAGAGCUUCAAGUUCCCUUUCUGUCUCUGAGAAUCUCCCUGUAGGGCAGCGGUUCUUAUGAUGUGUAGGCUCCCUCCGAGGCCUACUGAAUCAGAGCCUGUGGGGACUGGGCCAGGAAUAUGUAUUCUGGCAAAAUCUCUUCAGAUAAAUUCUGAUAGAUCCCAAAGGUUAAGAACUUUGGGAAACACUGAUCCUAAUGUAAUCUAGUUUUUCAGACUCUGAAGGGGAGCCUCAUUCCCUCAAAAAGGACCAGUGAGAUGGGAAAAAUAACGCCCCAAGCCAGCCAUUUAUUACAAGAAACAACAGGUUAUUGGCAUUACAUGUUUGAAAAUUCCCUUUGGUCUUCAGGGAAAAUUAACAGAAAGCCAAGAUUUGGAGCCUUUAUAAUAAGGACUUCCUGCAGAAAGUCUUUUCUUUACUAUUGUAGUUGAGUAAUUCAUAUUUAGAGUCAAAUGUCCAGUAGCAUUUCUAAUUUUGAGCAUUCACCUUGCUACCUUUAAAAAACAUCUGAGUGUUAAGUGGCCUUUUUAUUAUCAUACACAUGUACAUUCAAAGAAGGGACUUGGCGGUUUAAAAGCCACAUAUAUUUACUUUUAGUUCCCUAAAUUUACUUUACAUGAAACAUAGACAUACCGGCAAACUCACAUAUUGCUGGUGCUAACCUUCUAUUUCAUAGUGUUGGCAUAUUCCCCUUUUCUUAGAUUCUUAUCCAAAAUAUAGGUACAAAUCCUUUGCUCUAUGCAGAGGAAAUUAUAUCCUUUUUCUUCUCCUACAAAAACAUACUUUCUUAGUAUCCAUCAUUACUUUCCUUUAUGCUUGCGCAAUAUGCAGUAUGCUGUUAUUCUACCGUGUACCUUAAAGGAUGACAGCAAAGUUAUUGACAAUAUAGAAACUAUUUUCUUUCUAGAAAUGAUGGCUCAGCCCCACUGUAGCAGCUGGCAUGUGUGGUCAAGUGGAUAGUUGUACUCUUGCAAGUUGGAUUUAAUAUUAUAUAUACUGGACCUUCAGACUGUUAAAAAUCAAUGUAACUUUUUUUUAUUGCUACGGCAAGCAAUUAGUAUUUCACUGCACGUCUUCCACACUAAUGUUCAUUUCUAAGUCUUAUGUGUAGGCAUUUGUUAGUUCCAAUGAUUUCCUCACUAAUAUAACACUUUUUAAUGGGAAUCUUUCCACCUAGAGCCCUGGAAUGAUAAUGCUACGGUAAUUCUUCUGAAUUGACUUUUUCUUUCAUCCUGUCAGCUUUGGACGUUAUCCCAAUAAUGGCAGGGAACAGGUGAAGUAAGAGCAGUAACAAAGAAUGGUAGAUGUGUCAGCUUUGUAUUGGCUCGGAUAUCACUGUGCCCGUACAAAGUAGGCGAAAUACCUCAGUUAAAAUUUUUCCACCAAAGUCUUUAAAAGAAGAGUAUACUAAAGGGCAGUUACAGUACUUACUUCUAACAGCUUCUAAACAGUACAUGUUUAACAUUUCAUUUCAAAAUCACCCCAAAUUUGCACUAAAUACCAAGGAAGUGUUAUUUUGCUUUAGUUGUGUUGCAGUUUUCUGAGCAACAAACUAUGGGGAAAUUCUGUAAAAGCAUAUAAAAAGUAAGACUUUUUUUUAAAUGAAUGAUUACUAUGUUAAAUGCAAGCUUUUUUUUUUUUUUCAUUUUUUUUUAAACAAAUAUACACGUCUCCUGGCAAGGUUAUAGAUGAUUAACCUCUGUUCAUAGACUUAUAUAUAGAACUACAGGAUUUUUUGUUUACUUUUUUAAUUUUUCAAGUGCAAUUGUUUCUUACACAAACAUUAAUUACUAUUAAAUUAUCAUUUAGCCCGUUAUCUGCAAAUGUAUAGUAUGUAUUGUCUCUUCUUGUGACGUUUACUUUAAUUGCUUAUUUUAAAGCAGAAACAUUAGUUACAAGUGUCUUACAAUAUUUUUACUGACAGUAAAGUUGAGACUUAAUGAAAAUACCUUAGUGUGAUUUUAAUAUAAUUUGGAUAUUUCGGUUGUAUAAAGUUUAAUGUAAAAUGUCCAUUAUUGAAGGGAAAAGAUCUUUCAAUAAAAAAUACCCACGAGA